AUGGGCCAAGGAGCUUCCGCAAACGCCGGCCUUUCGGAUGGCGAAGGCGAUCUGCGCUCCGGUCCAGGUACUGCUGUCAAAACCUGCUAUUACGAACUACUAGACGUCCCUCGCGACGCCUCUCAAGACGAUAUUAAAAAAGCGUACAAAAAGAAAGCUCUAGAACUACAUCCUGAUAGGAACUACGACAACGUCGAAGAAGCUACCCGCCUGUUCACCGGAAUCCAAGCGGCGUACGAGGUCCUCUCGGACCCAGAAGAACGAGAGUGGUAUGAUUCCCACCGCGAGCAGAUCCUCCACGGCGAUCAUGAUCCGGGUGCCUCUGGAGGCCCUUCGCACCCCGUCAGCGUGACUACAUCCGAAGACGUCCUGGAGUGGUUCUCCAUGUUCGCUACUAAGAUCUCCUACGACGAUAACUCGCGAAAUAACUUUUACACACUCGUCGGCGCGGCGUUCAAGAAAUUGGCCGACGAAGAGAUUACGGCAGCAGAGCAGGCGGGCGAGGACGCGCCUUAUUACCCGGACUUUGGAAAUUCAAAGAGUACGCAUGAGGAUUGGGUGAAGCAGUUUUAUGCUGCGUGGGGUGGGUUUAGGACCCUAAAGAGUUUCAGCUGGUGUGAUGUGUAUCGCUACUCGGAUGCGCCGGAUAGAAGGGUAAAGAGAAUUAUGGAGAAAGAGAAUAAAAAGUUUAGGGAUGCAGGGAUGAGGGAGUUUAAUGAUUCUGUCAGGUCCUUCGUUCUCUUCAUACGGAAACGUGACCCCCGGUUCAUCAAGAAUACCCAGAGCGAGGCUCAACGUCAGGCGGCUCUUCUCGCGGCAUCUAGGGAGCAAGCGGCGCGUCAACGCAAGGAAAAUCUCGCCAAGUUAAAAGAAUUCAAGGCUGCAGAUUGGACCCAGGCGUCUCACAAGGCUGAGGACUACUCCGACGAUCCUGACGAGGACGAAGAAGUCGAAGAGGAGGAAAUAAUCGAGAAAUAUGAGUGCAUUGUUUGCAAGAAGACAUUUUGGUCGGAGGGACAAAUGGGCGAACACGAGAAGAGCAAGAAGCAUGUCAAGAAUGUGCAGGCACUGAAACGACAAAUGAUGAAGGAGAACAAAGAGUUUGAUCUAGGCCGGGACAUCCGAGGAAUUGAGAAGCGGCGGGAGGAUAUAGACGCUCCAAUCGAAGCCCCUGAAGCCGAGGAAUUAGAAGAACCGGAAGAACUAGACGUCACCAAGAACGACACCCCACACGAUGCCCUCAACAGGGACCUUCAAAAACUCGACCUAACUUCCUCAAAACCACCCAAUCCAGAAAGCAAUCCCAAAGCCACCCCCGACACCGAACAGGAAGGAGAGGGGGGAGAAGAUGAGGCAGAAGCCGACCAAAGCCCACCCCCAAACAGCCUAAACCCCUCCCCACCACCCUCAUCCUCAUCCUCAAUAGCGCCCAAAAUCGGAAAAGCAAAGCAAAAGCGUGCGAAGAAGGCUGCUAAACUGGCUGCCGUGCCGGGAGAGAUCACAUGCGCAUCAAAGGCACUAGUGGGAUGGGGCAUGAAAGUAUGGUUUAAGCAAUGUGCCUUGCUGCGAGAAGUUACAGUAAGUUCCAUUAGCAUAAGAUUUUUUUGGUUUUUGGCUUCCAGACCUUCCUCUUUUGUACCAAGGGGGGGUUUUUGGCUUUGCUGGUUUAUUCCAUCACACUUUUAUCACAACCCCCUAUAUAAUACAUAG